AUGGCGGCCACGAUCUCAGAAGAGGCUCUCGCCGAGGUCAUUAGAACUCUGAGCCCAGAAGACAUCCCGGCGAAACUGAAAUGCGCCAUCUGCAGUAGAUUGGCUGCGAAUGCCUUCAGGCUGCCCUGCUGCGAACAAACCAUUUGCGAAGACUGCCGGUCAACACUACCUACCUCUUGCCCCGUAUGCGAACACUCGCCGCUCUCGGCGGAAGACGCCAAACCUCACAAGUCUCUACGGACCACCAUUAGAGUCUUCCUUAAGACAUAUUUGAAGAAACAACAAGACGCACGCGCCAGGGAGUCAGCCCCUCCCACUCCCAUUGAGUCGACACCGGUGUCUACCACGGCACCACAGCUACCUUUGCCCAGCGAUUCGGUGCCUGAGGAACAGGCCCCAGCACCAGAGCACCAGCAGCAGCCAGAAGAGCCUGCGCCGGCGGCUGAUGAGCAAGGUGCUGGAGAAGAACAUGCAGGAGCCGAGGGCCAAGAGGGAGAAGAUGCUCCCAAGGUAGAGGGUGCUGACUCGGCGGACCAGGAAGCCGACCAAGAUGCCACCGAAAACCCCGCCGAGACUGCCGCCGAAGAAACAACAGCCGACGGAGCGCCCGCCGAGGGGGAGGGUGACGCGACCGAAAACCCUGAAGAGACAAAAGACGGCAAAGAGAAUGAAGAAAACGCCGAGGGCGACGACGCACAGCUCAAGCCCGCUGGAGGAUUUGGAUUCGGGAUGAACCGCUUCCCGAUGAACUUUGCCGGUGGCUUCGACCAGAUGCAAAUGAUGAUGGCCAUGCAAAAUGGCUUUCCAAUGAUGGGUAUGCCCGGCAUGAACAUGGAUCCGAUGAGCGCGAUGCAGCAAAUGUACAUGAACGGGGGUUUUUCUGGCAUGGGCAUGAACGGCAUGAACAUGGGAAUGGGAGGAUUUAGCGGCGCAGGCGGCAAUGAAUCGAAUAAUAACUGGAACGGGCAGCAGUCAUCAUGGAAUGUCGGCCAAGAUAAUUUCAAUCAUCCAAAUGCUUCUGGCAUGGGCAAUGGUGAUUAUGGCUCGUUUAACUCUGGCUCCUUCCCGCAAGGCAACUUCAAUCAAGGUAAUUAUGGCAACGGCCAGUUCAAUGACUAUCGCCGGGGUGGAUACGGAUUCCGUGGCGGUAGAGGACGUGGCCGGGGAGGUUACGGCGGCGGCUAUGGCGGUCGUGGCGGCUACAACAACGGCUACGGCAACAUGGGCGGCAUGAACGGUCCGAUGGGCAUGGGCGGCAACUACGGAGGAGACCAGAACUACCCGAACCAACAGUACGGGGCAGGCAUGAGUGGCUCCAUGCACAACGGUGGUUUCCCUGGCGGCAGCGUCAGUGGUGCUUCUCAAGAUGGCAACAACGAGAACAAAGCCGAGGGUGCUGCAAGUGCUGACCCGAACGUGGACGAGUUCGGCCGCUCGUUGCGCGAAGACACUGGAAAGAAGGAGACCGAAGAUGGCGAUGCUGCUGAACAAGAUGCUCAAGGAGCUGACGGUGAAGCGAAGCCUCCUGCUACUGCUGAGAGUGAUGGUGAUGCCGACAACGCUACCACUGCACCCAACGGUGAUGCCACAAACCCCGAUGCCGGCGCGGAAGGUGAUGAAGGCUACGCCCACAAUGGCUACAUGAACGGUGGCCCUGAAGGCAUGUACCCCGGCGACGGCCCCGGCUUUAUGGGACCUGGCGGCUUCGGCGGAAACAUGGGCUUCAACAACGGCUGGAACGGCCCUGGAGGAUUUGGCAUGGGUAUGGGAGGUGAUGGUUACGGACCCAUGGGUGGCAUGAUGCCCCUUGGACCUCCCCAACCCCCGCCGGUUAACCCGGAUGUGCCCGCCAAUGCGCCCAAGGGCCCCAAGGCCAUGCUGAGAGGACUUCCCAACACCAGUAUCAAACAUCUCCAAGCUAGAGGCUGGGUAGAUAAUAAGAACAAGCCGCAAACGCCCAACUCCUUUGGCCACGGCGGCCCUGGUUCGUCCCAUCAUGGAUCCCGGUUUGCUAGCCCCUCCGCGACCGCCGACCGAGGCCGGUCUAGGUCCCGGGAUAGGGAUGAUGAUUACCACGGCGGAAGAGAUGACAGGGACAGGGACUACUAUCACCGUGAGCGCUCAGAUAGGGACAGAGAGCGUGAGCGCAGAGAUCGCCGUGAGAGGUCAUACUCCCCCGGUGCCGAUGAGCGCAAGGAACACCGUGACCGACGCAGAGAAAGACGUCAGCGCUCCGCUAGUCCCGGUGGCGCUGACGCCGCUAAUGGCGCCGAAGGAACCAACAACGAUGGCGAUGACCAACAACACGGCCACUCCAGCAGCAGCAGAAGACACAGGAGGAAGCACACCUCCGCCACCGUAGCCGACGAAGAAGGCGGCAACCAGGAACGUUCCCGGUCCGCAUCCCCUCCCGCCCCCGGCGCUGCCGGCGAAGAAGCAUCCCGUCGGUCCCACCGCAGCAGCCGUAAGGAGCGUGAUUCGGAGAAACGCCGCGACCGAUCCGACCGCGAUAAGGAGCGUGACAGAGAGCGCGAGUCCCGUUCCGACCGCAAGGAUCGCAAGGAAGGCCACAGCAGCAGCCGCCGCGACCGCGACCGUUCCGACCGGGACAUCAGAGACAGCGGCGGUCGCAGCCACCGCGACGAUCGCGAGCGGGAUCGCGGCGACAGGGACCGAGACCGCGACCGGGACCGUUCCGACCGCAAAGACCGUAAGGAAGGCGGCGGCCACGGUAGCAGUAGCCGCCGCGAUCGUGACCGCGAUAGGGACCGCUCUGAUAGACAUCGCUCGUCUAAGAAGUCUUCUUCUUCCAACAACCACGACGCCGACGGCACUGCUGCUGCUGCUGCAGAUGCCAGCGGAGUCCACCCCGAUCGGCGCUCCUCGCUUGCUUCUUCCAACAACGCUGCCGGUGCCGGUCCUGGACCAGCAGCCAACGGCUCUCUAGACCCGCACGCCGCCGAGCGCGCCGCCCGCGAUCGCGAGCGUUUGCUCAAGGAGACGAGACGGAUGGCUAGUCUUGCGUCGAGCUUUAGUCUGGCGGGUAGCAAGCGGAGUCGGGAAAGUCGAGGCGGCGGCGGCGACAAGGACGAAGAGCGGGAGUCGAAGAGCAGAAGAAAGGAAAGUGGCAGCGGUAGGACGGCCAGGGGAAGAGGAGAAGUGGUCGCCAUCUCGAUGGAGGAUGAGGAGGAGAGAAUGAGGAGGCUGGAGGCGGAAAGAGAGGCGGCGAGGUAUGAUGAUUAG